AUGGCUCGAGUGAAAGGCCGCGUAGAUCGAACCCCGGCUCCCAACCCGAAUCCUGCCGAGGUGCCGGAAAUCCGCUACCGCGGCGUUCGGAAGCGGCCAUGGGGCCGAUACGCAGCGGAGAUAAGAGAUCCGUGGAAGAAAGCCCGUGUCUGGUUGGGCACUUUUGAUACUGCAAUUCAAGCGGCCCGGGCUUACGACACAGCUGCUAUCUCCUUCCGUGGGGCAAAGGCGAAGACCAAUUUCCCUAUCCCUCCUGAGGUUCUUGCGGCUCUGCAUCCUCUUCCUCCUCCACCUCCGGUUAACCGUAGGCCAAGACAACACGUGCUUGCCGCCCCACUGGACAACACGGUUUAUUUCAAUUAUCCUACUUCGAGCGGGAUGAGUAGCACCGUGGAGUCAUUCAGUGGGCCUAUGGUGGGUUCUUCUUCUAGAGUUCAUGUGUUUGCUCCGGUUAAUCCUAGACCGGUUGUUGCUGCUGGUGGUGGUGAAGGUUAUCACAGUGAUUGUGAUUCCUCUUCUUCUGUGGUGGAUGCUGAUGACGAUGAAGACUGUGUUAUCAUUUAUUCAUCAGCGGUUCGGAAGCAGCCUCGCAAUAUUGAUCUCAAUUUGCCUGCUCCGAUGUUCUACAAGAAUAAUGAAGAGAUCCGGGCCACCGACCUCCACCUCUGAC